CCCGCCUCUCUCUCUCUCUCUCUCUCUCUCUCUCUCUCUGCGUCCAUGGAUCCUCAGUUCUCCUCCAGUCCCUUCCUUCCCCUCGUUCGUCCCGUCCCCUCCUACACGCAAAACCCUCAUCCAAACCCUAACCCUAGCCCGAUCCCCAUCACCGACCCCUCUGGCGCCGAUCUCCCCACCACCAUUUCCCUCCUCAAAGACCUUGCCGCCCUUGCCGAGACCACCCUUAGAUCCGUCUCCGACUUUCUUUCCUCCUCCUCCACCGCCACCUCCUCCUCCUCCUCCUCCGCCGCGUCCUUCUGCCGCUGCCCCUACCAUCCCCGACACCGGAUGCCUCCGGAAUCCCUUUUCCGCCACUCCCUUCUCUGCUCCUCCGCCCCUGGCGCUCCCCUUCUCGACCUUGCCUUCCUUGACGCCCUCCGCUACACCUCCUCCUUCAAAUCCGACGCCCAGCUGCAGAAGGAGAACCACUUCGUCCGCCCCCUCCGCGAGGCGGACGCCGACCUCUGCUUCUCUCUCGACGGCGAGCUCGGAGACAUCGGUUCCAACUUCUUCUACAAGGACUGCCCUGGCGUCGUGACCACACCGGAGCCCGAUGCCUCCAGCAGGACCUUCACACUCCCUGGCUUCUUAUCCAUCGAGUGCGCCAACUUCGCCUCUGAUUGUGAUGAAAAAUGUGGGGUUUUGGUGGAAGGGGGCGUUCGAAUCCUUCCAUCGGAGUUCUGGGCUUUGAGAUGUGAGGUGGAGUCCUGGCGGGACUACCCACUGUCAUACUCUUAUGUUGUCCUUUGGGUCGCAUCGAGCUUGAAUCAGGUGAAAGAGGACGUUUUGAAGAGAUGGGUAAUCUCAAAUUCUCCACAAUUUGGGAUUUUGAUUGAUGCCGCAAUGAGGGAUCACAUAUAUCUGCUUUUAAAGCUAUGUUUGAAAGCGAUUGGAAGAGAAGCUCUUUCUUGUCUUAAGUUGCUGUUGAGCAAGGACAGUCUUUUAGAUGUUAAAUCUCCUAGUUUCAAGUGCCCAAGAUUAUUUGGAAGCUUGACUUGGUUGGCAUCCCAACUUUCGGUUUUGUAUGGGGAUACCAAUGGCAAGUUUUUCACGAUUGGGAUGCUUAAGGAAAUGCUGAUACAAGCUGGGUCAAGCUUAUUGUUAAUUAGAUUAGGAGAAAAGAGAGAUGAAGAAGAUGGCUGCAGGAAUGAUAUUGGAUUUGGUGUUUGUAGUAAGGGGUGUAAAUAUGGUGAGUCAAAUUCUAUCUUUGUAUCUCAGGUUGCAGCUGCAGUAGCUGCAUUGCAUGAAAGGUCCUUGCUCGAGGGAAAGAUCAAUUCUCUUCGAUUUGCCCAACCACUCUCCAAGUCUCAGCUAAUAAUGGAACAUUCAUAUGCAUCAGCCAGGGGUAGUGAGGAACGAGGAAAACGUCCUAACUAUAGACCUCUAUUAGAAUAUGAUAUGCUUUCUGGGUAUCGAGUGCAAAACCAGGAUGAGGGCAAAGCCAAGACAAGAGAAGAGCUAUUAGCUGAGGAAAGGGAUUAUAAGCGGAGAAGAAUGUCAUACCGUGGCAAGAAAGUGAAGCGAGCUCCAAAAGAGGUAUUGAGGGACAUAAUUGAGGAGUACAUGGAGGAAAUCAAACAUGCAGGAGGGAUUGAAUGCAAUGUAAAAGUUUCCCCAGGAACUGCAGUUUCCACACUCAAAUGCAAUUCUCAGAGUGAUGUGACUGGAUAUAUUCAUGGAUUACAAGGCAGUGGGUGCAGUCUAUCUGAAACAAGAAAAGAGAAGUCAUUACAUUGGGAUGUUUCUAUAAGUGAUAAAUCAAACAGGGGCCAUGAUCUGCAAAAAAUUCACCAGAAACCAAAAUAUGAACACUAUGGACAUUGGGAGGAUCAUGAAGGAAGCAAGCAUAAAAGAGAAAACAAAUAUGGAUCUAGAAGCCCCUCAAGCCACAGGAAUUAUGCUCAGUUGCAUGAUCGAAAUGAAUCCCAUAGGGAACGAUGUGGUAUGGUAGACUGGAAUGAUACUAGUUAUUCUUCGACAUCAAAAGAACGUUUCAGUCGAUCAACAUUAACUUCUAAACAUUCCAAGAAAGAAUAUGACUAUAUAUCAGAAAAUAAAAGUAAAGAAAGGGCUAGGACUUCUGAGAGUCAUAGGGCAGAAUCAGUGACCCAAGAUGCAUUUGGGGACAGGUAUGAUCCUUCUAGCUCAUAUGAUGAGUAUGGUGCCACCUAUGGUGAUGUCUCUGUAGGCAGCAAUUAUCUCAGAUCAGACAAAUUUUCCAGUCCAAGAAAUCAUGAUCAGUAUCGGGAUAAAGGCAAAUAUGACCGUCCUACAAGAAGGCAUAACCAAGGUCAUCAUAAGAAGUAAAGUUAUUCCUUCUGUGUGAUUAUUAAGUUAUUCAGGCAUCAGGACUAUUUUCUACAACAGUAUCCUUCUCUGUAUCCUCAUAUGAAAGCACAUUCUUUUACAUGCGGAUAUCAACUUUGUGAUGUCCACAUACUCUUAGUUCUGAUACCGCUGGAUUGUGCUUAUUAUCUCGGGAAGUAUUAUGCUAGAAUUGGUCUAAGGGAUUUUUGGAUGUAUGCCUUCCUCAAUAUAUGAAAUAAUGUGAAUAUCUUUGUAAAGUUGCUAUUUGCAUAUAUACCAUUAUAAAUUACUUUUUUUGUGUGUAUACUCUUAUAAAUUUUUUCUUUGCAUGUCUACCUAUGCCAUCUAACACUUGAAGAAACGGGCUGUUUAAAAUUGAUAUGACUGAAAUAUCCUUAAUGAGUAGACAUGCAGAAAUAAUACUUUAUGAGGUUAUACAAGCAAAUAGUAAACUUUCAAGGGCAUAAAUGCAUAAUAAAAAAAUAAUAUGGAUGCAUACACUCAAAUAAAUUUGUGAGGGUAUAUAUAUGCAAUUCAAAUUUUUAUAAAGAGUAUACAUGUUAAAAUCCCUUUCUAUUAUGAAUGAAUUGGCUGUACUCUAGUAUAGUUCUUAGUUUUGGGUCCUAUCCUCCAUAAGUUUCCUUCAUAUAUGAUUUUUUUUUCCCUUCAAUAAUCAAAGAUAUGGACCAAUCAUUUUUAUAUAAUUAUAUUCCGCAUUAAAUCUUAGCGUCCACCCUUGGAAUCAUGCAUACUUGAUGAGCCCUAAGGUGAUGUAUUAAGUGUAAAUGACGUUCAAUCAAGUCUCCGACCCCGACUCUGUUUUAUUCCUGGAAUGUUGGUUCUCUUGGGUAACACCUGCAUGUCUGGACUGAAUUAUAAGCAGAAAUAGUUGACAUCAACCAUAUCAGGUAUAAUCAUAAACUUAGAUACAACACCAUUCAUAAUUUUGGAUGUAAACAAACAGUACUACCUGCAUAUUAAGAAAAACUAAUACCUAACAGAAUCAAAUCUUUUAAAUUAUGGUUAUAGAAAACAAAUCUAUCUGCAAUUAUAUCAAUAACUUUCCAUGACAUAGAUUAUAUAAUUCCAUCAACAAUACUUUAUAUAAAGCAAAACCCAUUAUAACUCAUCAAGAAUAGGACUAAUUCAUAACCUGCGUAUAAAGAAACUUGUCCAGAAAUGGAUAUAAAUGUAACCAACACAUUCUAGAUCUGGAUAUAGAGCUAGAGAGGUUCACAAGAGCCUGUUAACGUUGAUCAAUAUACAAAAUCUCUAGUAUCCAAGGACAAAUUAAAAACACAUUCCACAGUUGCAUGAGUUAUCUUCAUAUGAUCCACAAGCCCACUUUACAGCUCCAAAAUGAUGACAUGAUUACAACCUGAAAAUUGAAAACAUGAGCUUAUGGAGAAUGACAAAAUAUCCACCGCUCCAGCAGAACGUGUGAUCAAAAAUACAUUUUCCACCCCUCUAGCAGAACAUGAUCAAAUCUGCAAUUAGCAAAAAAUUAUUUGGAAUGAGAUUCAACUCUAUAUCAACCAACAAAUUAUCUUGAAUGACAAAAUUGCAUGAGAUGAAGGCACGAAGCAAUUGUUGUUGCCUACCUAUUAGCAAUUAAGUGGCAAAAUUGCAUGAGAAAAAUGCAUAAAGACAACUACCAUGGACAAAAUAAGGUUUAAGAACACUAUCAGUGCUCAUGAGUUGAUGUGCCAUGAAACUUUUAGGAGGGACAUCUUACUGCAAUCAUGGUCUAUAAGUCAACAGGUUAGAUUAGGUAUAUACCUGCAAAAUGAGCACUUUAUAGAUCAUCAUGAAAAAAUUAACAGAAUAGAAGAUAGAACCACUUUCGAAGUUUGAAUCAAGGUUGAUGAACCAAUGAAUUCAUUGCCGCAGGAUUAAAUAUAUCAAUCUCUUCAUGAGCACAGUUCAGGUUGCAAUUUAAAAUCACAGGCUUGAAUAUUUUCAAAUCAUGCAAAGAAAGUGAAGGAAUCAUCAGAAUACACUAAACAUGGUAGCUUCUAUGGUGUGCAGAUUCCCCAAAUAAAUAGAGGUGUAUGAAAUUAAAAGCCAAGAAUUUGCAUGAAAUUUCAGCUGUGAACUAGGCAAACAAACUUAAAAUGUAUAUUGUGGUGUAUGAUACAUAAGCCACUGUUGACUUGAGACAAUAUAAAUAAAUUUCUUGAAGGUUAUAUGUAUUCACUCUGAUGCAUGAUGCAUAUGACACCUUUGACUUGAGAUAAUAUAAAAUAUAUUUUGGAGGUCAUAUAUGAAAUAGAUUAACUUAAGUUCUUACUAGUACAAUAUUGUAUAUACUAAUGUAUUACAAUACUAAUCCAUGUGCAUCUAGGCAUAUAAGUGGAGUUCAUACUUCCAGAUUCCAACUUUCAAAUUGUGUUUUCGUGAAAUUUGUCAUCUGUGUGAUUGCAAUUUGGAAAAGUUUAUAUAGAAGAUGCAUGCAUACUCACAAAUUUGUUAUUAAAAAGAACAAAAUAUGCAUAAAAUGAAUGAUCAUCUACAAUGCACAUGCACCUUAAAAGUUGAGAAUUUAUGUACUCAUCACGAUAAAACUUAUUCUAAAGGAUAUUAUUACAGAAAGAGAUUACAUUUUCCUCAUUAUACCUUUGUAUAUCUUUUGAAUAUCCAUGUGAAGAUGGAUGAACAUGCACUUGAGCCUAGCAAUCAAUCACUUUGUCUCAGGUUGACUUUAGGCAGACUGUGCGCCUAAAAGGUGGGCUACUUUGUUCUUGUUGCAUGUGUGAGUCCUUAUAAUGGGUUUCAUUACUAUAUGCUCAGUUCAGUGCAGUUUAGUAUUGCCAGAUUAUGUGCAUAUUUUGGUGUUUUUCUGUGAAUGAUGAACAUAAACUUAAAAUUUGGGCAAAGAAUGUAGAUUAUCAAAGGCAGUGCUGACAGUAACAUUCAUGUUCCUUCUUAUUUGAAGGCAGUAAGUAUGAAGUUUGUCACAUGUUCAAGUCUAUCCCAAGUAACUAUUGUAUUUUGAGGUGCAUCUAUCACCUUUUGUUAUAAUCCCUUUUCGGGAAGCUCUUCUAUUCAAAUUCUUCAGAAAGAAACAUUUUUCAUAUACUUGUGAAGUGUUUAAAGGGUAGCUGCAGUAUGUGGUUAUCAGGCAACAACAUAACCUGCAUGCUUUAUGGAGACAGAUACAUUAAUAUACAUAGUUCGUAUUUUGUUUAAAAAUUCUGAAGUACAUGCAAUAUUUAAAUUCCAAUAAUAACAAUCAUAGAAAUAGCAAGCUUUAGCAUGUACAUAAUCAUGGUCCUUUCACCUGCGGCAUAGACCUCUACGACGACGCUAAGCCUCGGCCCCUUCCGUGGACUUCGCUGAAUUGACCACACUGGAGGAAUUUUUUUGUGGUAUGUCGAGGCAAACCUCUUACUGCACGGUGGGACGAGCACCUGCAAAACGAAGUCCACACUGAUCGGAGUUGUCUCCGACGGAGACCCUCUGAUGCUUAAGUCAGAGAGGGAGACUGUGCAACAGUAGUAUGGAUGAGAACGGAGACAGAGCUCAGCGUUAAAAAUGGCUUACCGAAGCUGUUGUCUUAUCUCCUUUUUAUAGAGUAGAUGGUCGUAACCGUUGGAUAUGGUCCAGCAUUUGGUGGCGUAGAAUCACAGGACAGUAAUCUCGUAGUGGAUUAUUAGUCCUCAUAGAUUACGCUGCGAUAUCAGUGGAGUAACCGUCCGUGACGGUUAUGAUAUAUUUGAAUUAGUCGGCCGAUUAUGCGUCGGGGGUUGGCCGUCGGUUAGUAACUCUGAAAUACCGACGGUCGAAGUAGUCUGUUGUCUGUAGAGUUCGAACAUCAGCUGCUUACCGAUACUGAGUCGGUAAAGGAGAUUCGGUCGGUCGAUUAAAAGUAGUGUCGACCUGCUCAGCCGACAUAUAGUUGGUAGUCGCUUUCAAGAUCGUUUGUUCAUUUGAUGGGUAGAGUCGGGUGUUGGUCGGACUAUUUCGGAGAUUGGUCGGCAAAUAGAGGCCCGUCGAUUUUUCCCAACAGUUGCCCCGCCACUUCUGAGUCCGAAUGGCGAGUCAUCACGUGCGUAGCCACGUGGUCGGUCGCUUUGGACGAAAGUUGUUAUCCGUCAUGUCGAGUCUCGAUUUUAUCGUCAUAUUCUCCUGAAUACGGCCGAUCAUCUCCUUUGUCGUCCUUGAACUGCCGUAUCAGCAGAGAGAUCUGGUGUCAGGCGUCGUUUGUGGAAGAUGAGCCGGCGUCAGUUGUUAUAUCGGGAAGGUGAAUCGACGUCGUGCGAUUCAACUCUGGCUUGUAGAUUCCCACCACGUGUCGGGGCGUCAUUGGGUCGGAGUUGUUCACGCGGAUGGAGAUGACGUGGUUCAAUCUGGUGCAAGUGCGUCGAACCGUCGGGUCGAUGAUGGGCUCAGAUGUUGCCAUGCAUCGUCAUCUGGCAUGGCUUCGGCCUGGCCUCUUUCAUUCAGACCGUCGGGCAUUCCUUUAUGUAAAGAGGCUCUGUCAGCCAGGUACUUAUCCCUCAUUUUGUCUUUUCUGGAAAGAGGGCUCUGUUAGAGAGCAGCUUGUGAGCGAAAAUCGUCCCUUGUUGCUUUUCUUAGUCUAGAUUCCUUGAGUAUUUUCGAUGAGUGAGGUUGUCACAGGAGGUGGUCGGUCGGGGGUUCCGGUCGACAACUCUGUCAGAUUCGGAGGUUUUUCCAUUGUGGGAUCCGAUCGUUAGUUAGUUUUGGAAGUGGCAUUGUGCUUCGGGCCGAUGUUAGCUUUUUACUCCUAAUGUCGAUGGUGGGGUCGACGAUCCGUUUCUGUGUAUUCCGCGUCCCCGCCCCAGUUGCAUGAUCAAAGUCAUUUUUGUCGGUGGAAGAAAAUCUGAAGUCUGUCUCUAGCUCUUUCGAGGAGUAUGCGAUUGUCGCUCGAGCUUCGAUGAGGAGUGUACGGUCAUCGAUCACACUCUGAAGCCCUCUAGCUCUGGUUGCUGGUCGGGCUUUAGCAAGGAGGGUGCGGUCAUUAAUCGCAUUCUUCAUGUAGAAGUGGAUCAGGCUGUUGAUGUGGUUGGCCAGGCUGCAUGAUCAGCCAACCAUCUUCGCGGUUUGACCCAAUUUGUAGCUCCCAAGCUAGAAGGCGAAGUUUAUCAGAGAUAUCGAUCCAAGAUGGACCUAUCAAUUCUUUGGUGGAAUGAAGAUUAGUCGGUGCUUCUGACUUUUCUUUUUGUAAGGAUGUGUAAUCGGACUUCUGUCCAAUUUUUGUCAUCUUUCUUUUAGAUAAUGAAAGUUCUUUUCUGAAAUACUUUUCUGUGUCGUCGAAUUUGUAAUGUCUGUUUUGUGAAGCAUUCUUCGAAUGUAGAUUAUAGACCCGACUUUCGUAGAUUUUGUAGAAUCUGCUAGUCGUGUAGCAUCCGACGUACUUAGUUAGGAUAAUCGAUGGCGAGCCGAAUAUCUAUUGCUCGGACCUUGAUCGGGCUUAUACGUCGUGUUGUUUAUAGAGCGAUCAAUGAAUGUAGCUCAUUAAUCUGACUGUUAUGUAGAUUUCGUAGGAUCUGCUAGUUGAGCGGUGUCUCACGUAUUUGGUUAGGAUAACGAACAUCCUCUUCUGAAAAAGUUAUUACAUUGAGUUAUUAUCGUUUCACCGACUCUUCUUCAGAAGUUGCCCUCUGGUCCAGCCGUCUGGUGAUCAUGUUAAUGACUCCUGCGGUCGACUGAUUAUUUACAGCUUCCUCAGUCGGCUGGAGAUUGAGUCGGCGGAUCCCUCUUAUAUUUUUCGAGGUAGCCACAUCGUAUUAGAGCUUCUAUUUUGUCCCUAAGCUGGAUGCAUUGUUCGGUGUCGUGGCCGUGGUCACAGUGGAACCGGCAAUACUUCGAUCGCAGUUCUUUGUUUUCAUCGAUGGAGGGUGCCGUAGGUAUUCUGCUCCUUCGAUCUUCAUGAAGAUCUGCGUACGGGGAGCAGAGAGAGGAGUUGGAGUUAUACCUGUCGUAAUUCGGCCUCGGACUCCGUCGUCGGGGUGAGGCUCGCUUAUCGAUCGGGGGCCUACUUGAUUUGACUGGAGCCUCUCUUCUUCUGCUUUUUGUUCUGACCUUUACUUUCUGUCAGCAUCGGUUAGAAGCUCCUUCAUCCGCGCGUAUGUAUUUGUACGCACGCUCUAAGAGUUCAGCAUACAUUCGAGGGUCUUAUCUAGUGAGUACGUGAAUCGGGACCCCCUCAGAUUUCUUUUGAUGGCCGAUAUGGCCAUGUCUUCGUUGAGGUCUCUGACCUCAAGUGUGGUCGUAUUGAAUCGGGCCACGAAGUCUUGGAGUGUUUCGGUCUCUCCUUGUUUGAUCGAGAAGGGACUGUCUGAGGUUCGUGACGGCCUCCGACUGGUGCUGAAGUGGGCCACAAAGGAAUGUUCCAGCUGUCCGAAGGAGUAAAUAUUUUUCAAUUGAAGUCCGGAGUACCAGGCCCGAGCAGCUUUCCGAAGCGUAGUUGGAAAGCCGAUGCAUAGGAGGGCGUCAGUUGCUCCCUGGAUCGUCAUCAGAGUCUUGUAGCACUCAAGAUGAUCGAUUGGGUCGGUGGAACCAUCAUAGGGCUCCACAUGUGGCAUCUUGAACCGAGUCAAGACCGGUUCGUCCAAGAUAAAUCGGGAGAGGCUGGGCGGUAUGGAAAUCAAAGCCAUUUGAAGAUUUCUGACCGUCCGUCUGGAGUUGGGCGAGUCGGCGGUCGAUUUUCUCGAACUUGCGUUCGUAGUCUUCAAGCCACUGAUGGUGGGAGAUUCCAGGAGUUGAUCCUCCCGAUGAAUUAGAAGGAGAGGCAGAUGGUGUUCGCAGUCGUUUUUCCUUGCUUGAUCUAAUUGGGAAGGAGAAGGGUGCCGUGAAUGGUAGGUAGCGCGUCGAGAGUGCCGCGAGUGCUGUUGCUCAUCUCGCUGAGGGAGUCGAGAUGGCCGCUCUGACGGAGGCGGCAGAGAUCGCUGCGGAUGACGGCGGCUGUGUCUGGAUGGCAUUGAAUGUGCCAUCGGUUGCUCCGCUGGCUGUUGUGGUGGCUGGGUUUGCUAUUGUUGGAGGCUUUUGACUGCUUCCGCGAGUACGUUCAUUUGCUGCACGAUUGCAGCAAUUUGGGUGUUUGUGGUAACCACGGGGCAUAGAGAACUGGGCUCUGCUACCGGAGGCAGGGAAGGAGCCUCUUCCCGACAGAAAGAGUGUUUCGCCGAUCCAGUUGCCGUUGAUCGUUGAGCUCUGAUUUUCGUCAUUGCGAGUUUCUUUCUUGCGCUUUCUCCUACCUGGUGCGUUAAUCUGUUGCGGCCAAUUCCCUCGUCGUCUGUCGUCGGGGACGAGCACCUGCAAAACAAAGUUCACACUGACUGGAGUUGUCUCCGGCGGAGAUCCUCCGAUACCUAAGUCAGAGAGGGAGACUGGGCAACAGUAGUAUGGAUGAGAACGGAAAUAGAGCUUAGCGUAAAAAAUUGCUUACCAAAGCUGUUGCCUUAUCCUCUUUUUAUAGAGUAGAUUGUCGUAAUCGUCGGAUAUGGUCCAGAAUUUGGCGACGUAGAAUCACAGGGCAGUAUUCUCGUAGUGGGUUAUUAGUCUCCAUGGAUUACGUCGUGAUAUCAGUGGAGUAACCGUCCGUGAUGGUUAUGAUAUAUUUGAAUGAGUCGGCCAACUAUGCGUUGUGGGUCGGCCGUCGGUUAGUAACUCUGAAAUACCGAUGGCCGAAGGAGUCUGUUGUCUAUAGAGUCCGAACAUCGGCUGCUUACCGACACUGAGUCGGUAAAGGAGGUUCGGUUGGUCGGUUGAAAGUAGUGUCGGCCUGCUCAGCCGACAUAUAGUCGGUAGUCGCUUUCAGGGUUGUCUGUUCAUUUGGUGGGUAGAGUCGGGUGUCGGUCGGACUGUUCCGGAGAUCGGUCGGCAAAUAGAGGCCAGUCGAUUUUCCCCAAUAUCAUGGUUCAACUUUGGUCUGUUGUUCGUAGUUAUAAUAAUUGUUAUAACUAUAACCAACAAGCCUUGUUUCCUGUCUUUGCUUUUGG